GAAAGGAAACGACAACAAACGCGUUAACGAGAGGGGCGGGGCCAAGUGUCAGAUCACGGCAUCCCGCUGCGUGUGAUUCGAUGUAAUUAGCAAGCGGUCCCGCGCGCUGAUUGGCAGUUUCCCCCGACCGAGGCAGUUUGGCGAGGGGGAAAAACUGCGCGGACUAAACGGCGAGGAGCGAGUCAGGGCGCACAUUGGAACUAACAGCUACGGACAGGCGCUCUCGAAGCAGACGAAACUCAGUCGUUUCGCUCAGGGGACCACGAGCGGAACCAGAGCGGACACAGCACGGAGUCUCACCACAGUAGCAGCAGACGAGAAGGGAAACAUUGCGUUACAGUAGUAGGGGCCCGCGUGUGCUGCUGCGAACUGCAAAUCUUCCGAUUUGAUGCCGAUGAUUUACGUGUUGUGUGGAGAGCACGGUUGUAAAAGUGUCGGACAUAAACCUCUCUCGUUAUUAUUGACGAACAACUCCCGAUCUCAGCUCAGCGCUCUCUCUCUCUCUCUACCUCUCUCUUUCUCUCUCCGUCUUCUGAUCAAGUGUGGUUCAACAUUCGGCGAUACGAACAGCAGCAGAUGCGUGUAAAUUCUCACGGAUUGUCAGAAUUGUAAUUUAGUAUCUACUGCAAUUCUUUUUUUCUUCUCUACGACGAUAUAACGGCGCAAUUGUUGUGGGAGAGGCAGGCAAUCGUACCCUGUAAGUUUUUGGCUUGGUUGGAUCCGCUGUGCAAGACGAAUCAUUGCUCCGCUGGUAUUGCUUAUCUUUGAGCUUUUACGAACAGUUGUGUGAAUAGUAUAGGCCUGGCUUAUGUGUGUUUAGGGAUUCGCGCGGAUUAUAUCAUAGUUCUCUGAGAACAAGUUGAUAACCUUAAGGCCAAGGUUUACAAAUAGCAACUGACGGAUCUUCUAGUUCGCAGGGUUUUGCGAAUGAAUUGGGAGCUUUGACUUGACCAGACCGAUUGGAUAUAUACACCCAUCAGUACAAUUCAGACUGUGGAAUCGUCUCAUCCUGCCUGUUUUGACGCCAAAUUAUCAACGUUUUCAGUGGGACAGUCGACAUAAUAAUUUGUGCUCUGGAUUUAUCGCACCAAUGGACUGAAUCCAUCCACCAAAUCGGUCGUUCCAGCUAGCAGCACUUUGAAACGGCUCACAACUGACUCCCAGAAGUCAGCCAAAGAGACGAGACCUCAGUGACGCGUAGUCUGGUCAAGGUGACCAGUUAGCUGCCUGUACCCGCGCACACACCAGUGACCAUGCGUUACAAAAAGUGCCAGUUCGCUCUUGUCGUGAGCGACACAUGAGAAGCCACCAACGUCAUCAUUGGAGACGACUAUCGGUGUGUGUGUGACCCUAGAACCAUCGCUGAGAGAAAUUGGAGUACAUCACCUUUUCUAGAUUAUCUGUGAAAGAAUUUGCCAGCUUUGCAAGCAGUAACAGCAGUUAUUUCACAUUUCCUCGGAGGCGUUGCAAGUCUUCGUUAUCGACGAAUCAUCAACCCACUGGAAGUAACAUUUGAAGAAGGCACAAUUGUACAGGAAACUUUUAUUAUUCAAACAAAGCAAAGGAAGAAAGAAAUUUAGAAGAACCUUGCAACCGAGAUCUACCGACAAUGCCUUCAGCUUCCUUUACCUCCUCGCCUGUUAAAAUGCCGUCCCUCGGCUUCAUCGCUCUCGCCGCCAUCUUCACUCUACUUGUUGUGACGUCACAGCCCGGCGGCGUUUCCGCCGGAAGUGGCGAUCAGCGGAAGUGCGAGGAGGUGACGAUCCCGAUGUGCAAAGGGAUCGGGUACAACUUGACCUACAUGCCCAACCAGUUCAACCACCACACUCAGGACGAGGCUGGCCUGGAGGUGCAUCAGUUCUGGCCGCUGGUGGAGAUCCAGUGCAGUCCCGACCUCAAGUUCUUCCUGUGCAGCAUGUACGCUCCCAUCUGUAUGGAGAACUACAAGCACCACCUGCCCGCCUGUAGGUCCGUGUGUGAGCGGGCCAGGGCAGGGUGUGCGCCGCUUAUGACGCAAUACGGGUUCGCGUGGCCUGAACGAAUGAACUGCGAGGACCUACCCGAAUUCGGGGCCAAAGACUCGCUGUGCAUGGAUGCGAACCACACGGAUCGCAACACAGCCCCGCCCCCUAACCCGUCCUACCACAGACCGACCCCGCCCACGCCCAAGUCCAAACCGUUGCCCAAAGGAGAUGGCAAGGUCCAGUCGCCUGGCUCGAGAGCCCCGCCCACUUGGGGCGUGGGUCAAAUAGGCGGUCUGCCCAUCCCCAGGCGUAACCCGGGCGAGGUGAGGCCGGUCCCAGGCGAUGUUGCAGAGGCACCCAAAGAGAAAAAGUGUGUCUGUCAGUGCGAAGACCCUCUUGUGCCAAUCACAGAGACGAGCAGCAGCUACUUCAACAAGAUCCGGACGGGCGGGAUCAUGAACUGCGCCGUCAACUGCUACGGUCCGUAUUUCAGCGAACACGAGCGCACGUUCGCCACCUUCUGGGUGGGCCUCUGGUCAAUCCUGUGCUGCAUCUCCACCUCCAUGACCGUGUCCACCUUCUUCGUGGACAUGAAGCGCUUCAAGUACCCUGAGAGGCCCAUUAUCUUCCUCAGCGCCUGUUACUUCAUGGUCAGCGUGGGCUACAUCAUCAGACUCAUCGUAGGACACGAGGCUGUGGCGUGCGAGGGUGGAAAGAUCCGCUACGACACGACAGGUCCGGCCGUCUGCACCGUAGUCUUCCUCCUCGUCUACUUCUUCGGCAUGGCUUCCUCCAUCUGGUGGGUCAUCUUGUCCUUCACCUGGUUCCUCGCCGCCGGACUCAAGUGGGGCCAAGAAGCCAUCGCAAGCUACUCCCAAUAUUUCCACUUGGCAGCCUGGCUCAUCCCUAGCGUCAAAAGCAUCGCCGUUCUGGCCAUGUCCUCUGUAGACGGAGACCCCAUUGCAGGGAUCUGCUACGUGGGGAACCAGAGCUUGGACAACCUCCGCGGGUUCGUGCUGGCUCCUCUCUUCGUCUACCUCAUCAUCGGGACCUCCUUCCUGCUCGCGGGCUUCGUCUCGCUCUUCCGCAUCCGCAACGUGAUCAAACAGCAAGGGCGGGGCAAGACGGACAAACUGGAGCGACUCAUGAUUCGCAUCGGCGUGUUCUCCGUGCUCUACACCGUGCCCGCCACCAUCGUCAUCGCCUGCUACUUCUACGAGCAGCAUCUGAGAGAGCGCUGGGAGAAGACACACACGUGCAGCUGUUACGAGGAGCCGGCCGUGCCCGACUACACCGUGUUCAUGCUCAAGUACUUCAUGUGUUUAGUGAUAGGGACCACUUCUGGCUUCUGGAUCUGGUCCAGCAAAACCGUGGAGUCGUGGCGGAAAUUGUUCCACGGCAAGCUCUGCCACAAGAGCAGCUACCAGAACAGGAAGUACAGCAGUACAGCCUACCACCAACCGGCCAAGCCACACCCACUCAGUCACGUGUGAGGCCGAGGAAAGCGAAAACAAUUUCUCAGUUUUGUUCGUUUCUUUCUCUAUUCGUUUUUAUACCUGGAGUCACCGUGCUUCGGUUAUCCGAACGCGUCAUGUGCCAAGAGAACAAAAAGCAGACUCACUCAGCGCAGCUCCCGCUGUGUGCUUUACGUGUAGACUUGCGCGUUCUUACACUCACAACUGUUGUAUUUGUUCUAUAUAUAGAAGACCACCACGGUCUUGAACUCACGACUACCGUUGUUUCUCUAUAUUAUAGAAAAUUUUCCAGGUCUUAAAUCUACAACUGACGUUGCUUGUCUGUGUAAAAGGUCUCCAAGGUUGAAACGUCUGUUUCAGAGGAAAGAAUUUUGGUAGUUUGCCUUACGAAGAUGCCAUACGAGAAGUGACGGGAGAGCUGUUACAGAAUUUCCAUUCCCUUUUGGUCGUGAGCAGCGGACACCAGGGCGCAGGGAGAUCAACACGAGAUUGUGAAUACUGACCCUGUAAUAAACACUUCGGACAGAGGUGCUGUGUGUUCCGGGCGCUUCGGCUUAAAGACAUGGACACGGGUAUAGCAUAAUGUACAGCACACCGUCACAGACUCACAAUUGACGGAUUGACAACAAGCCGUCACAGACUCAUGACACACUGUCACGGAUUCAUGACACUCCGUCACGUGUUCACGAUACUCCGUCACGGCUUCACGGCACGACACACCGUCACGGGUUCACGACACACUGCCACGGCUUCACGACACGACAUACUGUCACGAACUCAUGACACGCUGCCACGGAUUCACGACACAUCGCGAUGGACUUGUUGUUUCGUCGUGUACUCACGACACAGAAAAUCCCAAGCCAUGCCUGAUACUCCGAAAAGACACUGCAAGAAACCAGCUGGAACCAACUGUCAAGAAAUCAUCUCAAAGGCUCGAAUAUUACAUGUAUAAUUAUGCGCAUUGCUUGUCUGCCAGCGUCAUGCGCAAAGGUGCUUACCACCCCUAACCUCACCCUUUCACCCCCUCACCAUCCCCUCACCCCCUCGCACCCAACACACUUCCACACUUCUUGGCUCACUGCUCUUCUUGACA